AUGGCGGAGCAGAUCAGGGCGUCCAGUGGAGUGAUAACCAGCCCUGGCUGGCCCUUCCAGUACCCGUCCAGGAUCAACUGCAGCUGGAACAUCAGGACCAACCCUGGGGAAAUCAUCACCAUCAGGUACAGCUGAACACCAUCUCCUCUCCACAAUCUAUACCUCUCCUCCUUUCUUCUUCCUCCUCUCCCUCAGCACUUCUCUCCAUCUCUCCCCUUCCUCUUCCCUCCCUCAGUCUGUCAUCAGCCUGGCUGGCUGCGCACACUUCCCACGCGCUAAAAGGGCCUGAUUAAUGCAGAGGCUGAAGCCCCGGGGCCCAAGCCAGUAUGGUGCCCUUGAGCAGAUAAAUAUGUGUAUCUUUAAUUUUGUUUUACUGCAACCACCAACCACAGGAGCCCGCUCUCAAUGAGUGUAGAUAGUCUGCCACUCUGCAAAUCAACAGAUGGGGGAGGAGGUCGGGGGAGAGUAAUUUUAGCAGUUUUAAAGCUAAUUACCAGCAAUUCUACACAUUUUGCCAUGACAUGCCAUGUUAAUGAUGUCUGAAUGAGAUCGAUUAACAAAAUCAAUGGGGGCCCACUGGAGCCCUGUGUGUCCAGUCGGUAUUCGGCCAUGAUUACUACAAGUUUAGAUUGCUGGUAAGGAUAUGACAAAUGGACAAUUUUUCAUAACAUUUAAAUGACCUUUUUUUUUAUUUUAUAUUGGUUUUCUGUUAAAACUGUUAAGAAAAAACCAAAGCCCUGGGGCCUAUGAUUUGUUAAUCCGGCCCUGCGUGCUAGCUUCUCCUCAGAGUACUAGCUCAGCUCAGCUGAAACAGUUAGGGCUUGGAUUUGCGGUACUGUAGACUAUAGGCCUAGGUGCUGCUGUGUAAUGCUCUGAUGAAGGUCUGUUUAGACCGAAUGCUUCGCUCAUGAAAUGUCAGUGUGCAGAGAUCUUUCUUCAGGUACUGUAUACUGCACAUGACAACGCCCUCUCUCACACUCAUUGUGUGUUUUAUACAGUUUAAAUGUGUCCAUUUGAAGUAAUGUGUUUUUUAUUCAUUUUGAUGAUGCUCUUCAGAUGGGCUUUCAUUGUGCUUGUAGUGUCCUGUUUGUUCGCGAAGCAUCAGCUCAAGUACAAGUAUUGUGUUUUCUGUCUGGACCGACCAGAGCGCUGAAAGGAACCCGCCUUUUCUUUAUUCCAGUGCUGUGUCCAUGGUUACCAGCACAGAAAUAGACCCUCUGUGUUUGUGUUGUUUUUUCUACAGGAUGUGAUUUAAUUGCAAGAUGAAAACCGAAAACGCAAUCUAUCAAUGACCAAAAAUGGGCAACAGAGCUUGCACACAAACACUUGAUAAAUUCACUAAAUUAGUGAAUGUGUUAGUAAUAGGUUAGUAGUAAGUGUUUAUACUCAAGUGGUGGUUAUGCACAUUAAUAAUAUAAGUGGUUAUGCUUUACUUUUAAGUAAAAGCAGUUGAGUUAUUUGCUAUGUCAUUGAUUUAACUGUUUUCAUUGAGUCUCAUCCAAUGUACUCUAACCCUGGAGGAAAGUCACUCAGUCUUACCAGUGAUCAUCUUUAUUGUUGGGGAAUUUCUUUCAACUGUUUGCUUUUUUCCAGCAUGUACCCUAUGAAAGUCGCUCAUAUCGGUGACAUCCAGUUUACAGACUUCGACUAGCAAUUAAUGUGAUGUGGUUUUCUUACCUACUUCAGUUGAAUGCACUUAUUGUAAUUCACUCUGGAUAAGAGUGUCCAAAAGCUAGAAUCCUUAAUUGGUGAAACUGCCACGUCCGUUUGGAAUAUUACAAGAAGUUACUGCAAACAACAAACACUUUUUUUCCCUCUAACAUCAAUGCACGUAUCAUAGAACAGCAGAACAUUUACUGAAAAACAAUAAAGGCGCUGGGGCGAACAGUGGUGCUCUUUCCCCAAAUGCGGAUUUGUCCUUUAACUUAGUAAAAUGUACAGUACAUGAAUCAUUUUUACUGUCUGUAAACCUUAUUUAACCCCUUUGCCAUUUCUCCCCCCAGCUUCCAGGACUUCGAGAUCCAGAACUCUCACCGUUGCGGGCUGGACUGGGUUUCCAUCGGCACCUACAAGAACGUGGAUGGCUACCGGGCAUGUGGCUCGUCCAUCCCAGCCCCCUACAUUUCUUCCCAGGACCACGUGUGGAUCAAGUUCCACUCGGACGACAUCAUGACCGGCAAGGGCUUCAGGCUGUCUUACAUAACAGGUAGCACAGCUCGCAGAGUCAUCUUAUUUAUAUCUGUCAGCGAGGGCUACUGUACGGUCUGGUCAGCGAUGACACCCGGUGUCAUAUGGACGGACGUCUAG